GGGAAAGUGCUGUACCUAGGGACGGUUGUACCUAGGGACAGUCUAAAUUACCGCCAAGCAAAAUAUCAGACAAACCUCAGAUCCACAAAACAAAUCGGCAACACUGUUCUCCUUCAUAUUAUUUAGUUGUACGCAUGACCGUGAAGUGUCAACAGGUGUUUCAAGUGAUUUAGAAGUUUUCGACGUCCAACGUAAGUAUUUUUACCGGCUACUUCGUUUGUUUUACAUAUAAUCAAUUUGAUUGUUAACAUUAAUGAUUUUACGGUGCUAUUUAUCGUAAUGUUAGCUUCCUAAUCCAUUAAUCAAACUAUUAUAUUUGUUAUGUUUAACUACUUGUUUGACUGUUUUUAGAAAAGAACUCUCCUUGUUGUACCUAGAGACACAUAUUUUGUUGUACCUGGGGCCGUCCCCAGGUACAACAUUAUUGUGAUGUUUUGUUUCAGGAACUCAUCAGUCAUCAUGCCAAGAAGUAAAGAAAAAAAGAGAAGGCCAGGACCUUUAAAAGUUAAUGUAGAGAAUGCUGUUCGAGAAGUUAUAAAUUCAAAUCUUUCAAUCCGUGCUGCCGCAAGCCAAUUUGGAAUUGCAAAGUCUGCAUUAGCAAGACACAUUGAAAUUUUCAAAAAAUCAGGCCAAAAUGAUUUUGUAUAUAAUCCGAAUUACAAAGUCAAGCAGGUUUUCAACGAAGCCGAGGAAAUGGAGCUGGUAAACUAUUUAAAAACAGCUGCUCGAAUGCAUUAUGGCUUGAGUUUGGCCAACGUUAAAAAAUUGGCAUAUGAAUAUGCAAUGCAAAAUAACAAAAAAUAUCCUACUCAGUGGGAUGAGAAAAAAGAAGCAGGAGAUAAUUGGCUCAGAGGUUUUAGAAGCAGACAUUCUGCAUUCCUCUCACUUAGAAAACCUGAGGGUACAAGUUUGGCUAGAGCGACUGCAUUCAAUAAAGAAACAGUAGCUGCUUUCUUUCAAUCAUACAAAAAUGCUUUGGCUAGAGGAAACUUUGAACCAUCCAAAAUUUUCAACGUCGAUGAGACAGGGAUUACAACGGUGCAGAAACCUCCCAAAAUUUUAGCACCAAAAGGACAAAAGCAAAUAGGAGGAAUGACUUCUGGAGAAAGAGGAGUCCUAGUUACCAUGAUAUGUUGUAUUAAUGCUGCCGGAAAUACUGUGCCGCCUUUAUUUGUUUUUCCUAGGGUGAAUUUUAAAAGUCACAUGUUAAAAGGAGCACCACCUGGUGCAAUCGGAGCUGCAAAUCAGAGUGGAUGGUCUAAUGAAGAAAUAUUUUUCAAAUUUCUAGAACAUUUCAUAUCACAUGUAAAACCCACUUUGGAGGAUAAGGUUAUUUUAUUAUUAGAUAACCAUGAAAGCCAUGUUUCCAUACCCACCAUCAAUUUGGCAAAACGAUCGGGAGUCAUUUUAGUUACUUUUCAUCCUCAUACAUCCCACCGAUUACAGCCUCUCGAUUUAUCUGUUUUUGGGCCCUUUAAGACUUACUACAAUAAUGCUAUGACUAAUUGGAUGAGUUCUCCGGGUAACGCAGGGAAACCAGUUACUAUUUACGAUGUAGCUGAAUUGGCAAAUACGGCAUACUUGAAGGCUUUUUGUCCAAACAAUAUAAUCAAAGGCUUUCAAGUAUCCGGUAUUUAUCCCUUAAACACUGAUAUUUUCACAGAACAAGAUUUUUUGCCAUCUUACGUAACAAAUCGAGAGGAUCCACAAUCACACAACCCUCCACCAACCCUUUCUUCUGACCCAAAUCCAUCUUUUUGUGAUGCUUCCGAAAUGGAUCCUAAGCCUUCUGGUUCUGGUUUAAACUCAUCCUCCACCCCAGAAGCUAAGUCGGUCUUUCAAGAAAUAAUUCCGGUUAUGUCAAAUAUUAUUUCACCAUAUGAGGUUUGUCCCAUUCCGAAAGCUCCGCCGCGCAAAGGAAAUGCUUCAAGAGGGCGCAAAAAAGGAAGGGCUCGCGUCCUUACCGAUACCCCUGAACUUAAUGAAAUAAAGGAAGAUAAGACAAAAGCUAUGGAAAAAAAGCGUAAAAAGGAACUGCAAAGAACAAAGACAGUAAAACGGAAGUUAAAUAUCGAAGAAACGUCGUCAGAGGAAGAUCAGAUUGAUUUUGAGAUUAGGAGGGACAGCAGUCAUUCAGAUGAUGCUUCCUUGUCAGAAGUAGAUAUUGAUUCCAUUCAAUUUACCCCAGAUGACCUUCAGGAAGGUAAUUUCAUUUUGGUGCACUUAAAAGGAAAAAAACAGUCAGGAUAUUUUGUAGCCACAAUUUCUGGAAAGGUGGACGAAACAGAAUUCCAAGUAAAAUAUCUGAAGAAAGCAUAUUCCUCCACAUAUGGCUACACAUUUACAGUUGAAGAUGAAGUAGAAUAUACAACUAACAUAAGCGACAUUGUACAAAAACUUCCUCAACCACGUAAAGCAGGUUCAUCUUCUCGGCUAUCAAAUACAUUUAUCUUUCCAGUAUCAUUUGCUAAAAUCAAUUUAGGGUAGUCCUUGUAUCAUUUGCAGUUCGUUUAUUCAAUAAACCUUUCGAAUAUUAGGAAGUAUUUUUGUUUUUAUAUUAUAUUCUGGUUGUAAAGGUAUUUCACUUAUUGUCCCAAGGUACAACUCCUCAAGUCCGUAGGUACAACAAACCGGUUGUACCUCCGGACACUUGUAUAUAGACAAAAAAAGUGCUGAAAAAGUGAUAAAUAUAUAAGUUGGAAAAAUUGCAUUUUCGAAUAAGCUUUACAAAUGUAUGAUCAACCGUCCACAUUUUAUUAUUUUUCAAU